UUACUUAGUUCGGUUCGUCUUUAGCUACCACAUAUGGUAACGUGAAUGUAGACGAUGUGUAUGCAGUUCAUGUUGAGGCUGAAGCUGUUCGGUUGCUGAGAAUAUGCCAUUAGCAGAUAAAUUAGUAUUUUCAUGGAUUUUCCUCCUUUGGAUUGUGCCGUCAUAUUCGCUAGAUGUGAAUGGCGGUGUUUCUGAAUGGCUGGCAUGGUCUGGGGUUCAGUGUGAUCAAACAUGUGGGAACAAUGUCACAGGCAUCUCGAUAAGACAGAGGCUCUGCGAUGACCCAUUACCAGAGGGCAGUGGAAUGACAUGUGAACAACAAGGCAAUAAGUUGCAGGAUUCUCGUAGGAUACCCUGCAAUCUGACGUCAUGCGGUGAGGUUAUUAAUGGUAACUACAGCGAAUGGAGCGAAUGGGAAGGUAUAUGCCCAAGUACAUGUGGAGUUAUGGUUCAGCUUGAACUUAGAAGAAACAGGAGCUGUGACAAACCUCCACCAAUGAAUGGUGGAUCAUGUGCCGAUCACGAUUCUGAAAUAAAGAACGGACUGUGUGAAGGAAUAGCCCGAUGCCCAGAUGCAGUUAAUGGAAGUUACGAAAGUUGGGGUGCCUGGGUAGAAGAAUCAUGUCCUGAGACUUGUGGAAUCAACGUUGCAUCUAGACUGAGACGAACCAGGACAUGUAAUGAACCUUUGCGUGGCGGGCUUCCGUGUCAAGGGCCAAAUUCUCAAGAAAAAAGUGGGAUUUGCAAGGAUAUAUCACCAUGCAAAGUGCAUGGUGGCGUGUCUGAAUGGGGCGAGUGGGACAAACCACGAUGCAAUGUAAUUUGUGGGGAGAAUGCUACGGGAACGUCACUGAGACUCAGAAGGUGCAAUAAUCCCAUACCGGAGUAUGGUGGAUUAUUUUGUAAUGACUCACUUCAGGAUAACAUGUUGUCAUCUUGUGGAUUGGACCCCUGCCUAAUUGAUAGCGGACUGUCCGAAUGGGGAGAAUGGGAUGACCCUGAGUGUCCUGAAACCUGUGGACGUAAUGCAACGAUGAAGGUGACAAGGAACAGGACCUGCACCAAUCCUGUCCCACAGUUUGGUAGCGCCAACUGCUCGGGGCAUCUAACGGACACCGAAACGAGAAACUGUAACCACACGGAAUGUCCGAUGCAUGGACGACCCGGCUUGUGGUCAACGUGGAUAGACAAUCCAUGUCCUGCCACUUGCGGACCAGUAACAACGAAACAUCUCGUGCGGAAAAGAAACUGCUCAGAUCCUGAACCUGCCUAUGGUGGGCGGAACUGUACAGAUCCACUCUUGGAGACAAAGAUCGGAACAUGUGGUGGAGUUGAUUGCGAAGACCCAGUUAUCCCCACAACGGUGAGUUAUCUCCUGAUCGGGAUAAGUGGUUCUCUGGCUGCACUGCUGGUCGUUGCUAUAGUAGUCAUGGCAUCUGCAAUCUAUAUUCGCAAGAAAAAAUCAAGUGUUGAAGACAAUGAACCACCAUCUGAACCCUCAGAAACGGAGCCUUCAGAAGUAGGGUCAGAUGUUGAUCACGACACAACAAUUAGUAGUAUAAGUUUGGAUCUAAAACUGUGGGAACCAAGAAACCCGGAUGUUUUCCAAAGCCAGGAAGAACUAGUCGCAAUCAUCGACAUACCCUUAAGGGAGUACUAGGUGCAUCGUGAAUGGGUCAUCAGAGAGAAGCUUCAUACAUUGUUUCCGUGUACUCAGGGUUGAGGCGUGAGGGGCAAACGUUUGAACCAAUAGGCUACCCCAUAGUCAAGAGUGUAUAUACUGACGGUAGUGUAGGAAACUUUGAAUGGUAAUAUAAAUGUUUUUGGGGAAACAACCUCACUGUUUCUUCAAUGCUCGCUGACCUCAAGUGAUUUAACCCUUAACAAGAAAAAAAAUUGUCAGUUCGUGAUGUUUGUCGAUAUAUAGUUUUACGUCUAUUUUACACGAAAGUGUUAACCAUUUUCUCAGGGUAUAAUCAUUCUGCAUAAAGGUGUGAUGAUGUCAUUUAGGGUUAGAUGUAGGUUACUAUGCUAGAGAGAAAAUGUCUCUCAAAAUGUGCAAUAAUUGUGUUUUGUUAUUACAAAUAUGUUCUUUUGAGGUUACACCUUAUACCUGUAUAUGUUCUUUAAAGUUUUCACCUUAUAUCUGCAUAUCUUCUCUUAAGGUUAUACCUUAAACCUGUAUAUGCUCUUUUAAGGUUAUACCUUAUGCAUGUAUAUGUUCUUUAAGGUUAUACCUUAUGCAUGUAUACAUGUAUGUUCUUUAAGGUUAUACCUUAUGCAUGUAUAUGUUCUUUCAGGUUAUACCUUAUUCAUGUAUAUGUUCUUUAAGGUAAUAGCUUAUGCAUGUAUAUGUUCUUUAAGGUUAUAACUUAUGCAUGUAUGCACCUUCUUAGACUAAGCCGUGAAUGGAGUAGAUGAAAACUACUAAGUCACAUUCGUCUGUAGUUAUAUAUUUUCCAGGGAUAAUGCUCGAUAUAUCAUAUUCGUCAAGUGACUUUCAACAAGUGUUCUGUUUUUAAUGAACAUCGGAAACUGCAGAAAUAUUCUGUCAUUGAUUCUUCUGAGCAUGUCUAAUAACGAAUAGAGUAUUUUUUACUUUUUACUUACAUCAAUUAUAUAAUCUGGUGCAACUCAACAUCGUCAAUGUAUUUCAAAAUUAUUAACAAUUGCUUAUAUUUAUAUUGUGUCGAAUGUUACAUGCUAUAUGAUCUGCCGACCCAAAAGGGAAAUGCAUCCACACGGUUUUAAGUCAAUGUUUUCCACAUGCCACAAGAAGGAAAAUACAUAAAGGUUUCUUAUAUAAAUGGUCUGCCGUG